AUGAUGUUCAGCACGAUUCAACAGGAUCUUCGAGCCGUGUUUGAUCGCGAUCCCGCAGCCAGGACCACGCUUGAAGUGUUUUUGACGUAUGCCGGGUUUCAGGCGUUGCUGGCCCAUCGAGUGGCUCACCGGUUGUGGAAGAUGCGGCUUCGAUUAGUGGGCCGGCUGGUUUCACAAGUCGCCCGUUGGGUCACGGGUGUCGAAAUUCAUCCCGGUGCGUCAAUCGGACAUGGGUUUUUCAUCGAUCACGGCAUGGGCGUGGUGAUUGGCGAGACCGCGGAAAUCGGCGAUUACGUCACGUUGUUUCAAGGGGUCACGUUGGGUGGAACGGGAAAAGAAAAAGGGAAACGACACCCGACGUUGGGGAAUCACGUGGUUGUGGGGUCGGGUGCCAAGGUGUUGGGGAAUAUUCGAAUCGGGGAUUCCGUGAAAAUCGGAGCCAAUUCGGUGGUCUUACGGUCGGUUCCAUCCAAUUCCACGGUCACCGGCAUUCCGGGCCGCAUCGUCAAAUCGAUCGGGGGCCGGGUGCCCGAAGAAGCCAUGGAUCAUGCGAACAUUCCCGACCCGAUUGCCGAACGGUUUGACGCCAUGGAGCGGGAACUCAUCGACCUGCGAAAAAAAUUGGAAAACGACUGA